AUGGCAGACGACAAGGACUAUACAGCUGUUCCACCACCCGAAUUGUUAUCAGCUCCUAAGCAGCCUUUGGAUUUCAACGAUGCACUAUCGAAAGCAAGAGCCAUUGCUGAAAAGCUCAAACAACAACGACCUGCAGCAGCUCCACCUUCAGCACCAUCAGCAGGUUCGAAGCGUGGCUAUUACGAUGAUGGCUAUGAAGAUCAGAGCUACCAGUAUGGAGAGCGCGAAGAUCGUGAGCCUAAACGAGGCAUGUACGAAUCGCAAUAUGACUCUCGGCGAUAUGGUUUGGGCUCUGAAGAGCGAAGAGGUCCUACAUCAACGUCCUACAUGAAUGCCGGCCCAGUUAUCCAAGACGAACUGAUGGUCCCUAGUCAUAUGGUUGGCAUGGUCAUUGGUCGAGGAGGUGAUAGCUUACGUCGUAUUGAACGUCUCUCUGGAGCCAAGGUUCAAUUUGCUGAAGAUAUGGGUGAACCUGAUCGUCGUGUCAACAUUACUGGUGAACCAGACCAAGUCAAGAUUGCCAAAGACAUGAUUCAACAAGUCGUGGAUGAUACGCAUGCACAAGAAUCAGGUGCUCCUGGAAGCGGUGCUAAUGCAAGUGCCGGUGGUGCUGGCAACAUGGGUGCUGGUUAUGGUGGUCGUAGCACAAACAGCAUGUCAGUGCCAUCUUCCAAGGUUGGCUUGAUCAUUGGUCGUGGUGGUGAAACUAUUCGUGAUCUUGAAGAGCGUAGUGGAGCAAAAAUCACUGUAACUCAAGAAGGAGAUCGUUCGGGUGAACGUACUAUCAGCUUGAUUGGUCAUGAUUCUGCUAUUGAACGGGCUCGCAAUCUUAUCCUUGAUAUUGUCAAUGAUGAAGGUCACGGCACUACCGUAACAUCCAGCCGCGAUUGGAGUGCAUAUCGUCAACAACAUGAACCAGCAGAGGGUUAUGGUCGUCAUUCCAACAGAUAUGGUAGCCGUGAUCGUGAUGAUGGUGCUUAUGGACCACCUCCCACUGAUCGUUACCGUGGCCCCAGCAGUGGAGGUGGUGGCGGUGGCGGCGGCGGUGGUCGUUAUGGGGAUGAACGUGAAUCGAUUCAAGUACCUAAGAGUGCUGUUGGUUUUAUCAUUGGUCGAGGUGGUGAAACGGUACGAUCGUUGCAGGAUCAAUCUGGCGCAAGAAUCAAGGUCGAUGCCAAUGGGGAUCCUAGUGCACCUGAAAGGACCAUCAACAUUUUCGGAAACCCGGACGCCGUUGCUCAUGCCAAACAACUCAUCAUGGACAAGGUUGCGGAAGGAAAUGCUAAUCGAGGUGGUCAUGGAAGAUAUGAAAGAAGUGGUGAGAGGGAACAUCGAGGCUACAACAACAACCGUUACAACAACCAUCAGCAACAAGACUACUCGGCUUCUACAUCCAAUGACUAUUAUUCGCAAUAUCAAGGUUACUAUGCACAAUAUGGAUAUGAUCAAUAUGGCGGUGGUCAAGAUGCACAGGGAUAUCAAUAUGGUGGUUAUCCGUAUAACUAUGAAGGAUAUGGUCAGUAUGCCGCUGAUGGAAAGGAUGGAAAUGCAGCAGAAGGCGAGUCAAACGAGGCUGGGCAUGACAACAUUGGACAGGGAGGAGAUACCAAGGAUGAAAACAAUACCAGCACUAGCCAGGCCGCAGCCGACUACUAUGCACAAUAUUAUGGCAGUGGUGGUGGUGGUGGUGAAGCAGGAGGCGAGGCUGGUGCUGAUCAACAACAAUGGAAUCAGGAUGCGUACUAUCAAUGGUAUCAGCAAUAUUAUGGCGAUGGACAGCAAUAUCAAGAUCAACAGCAGGUCGAGGGACAACAUCACCAAUCGGGUGAAGGUGCCCCAGAGCAAUGA